AUGAAAAGGAGUCGCUUUUUUUUCGUUUCCAUUUUUCUUUGCCUAUCGCAAGAGAGCAGCCUGGAGCUGAGCAAGAAACUGUUCGGCGCGAACUCCCCCCUCACGGAGCAUGAUGAAGACGACCACGAGCAUGCACAGAAGAGGACGAGGACGUGGCCGGCUGCCUCUUCACCCGAGGUGGAUGGCGACACGUGUUUUAUUUUCUCCGCCAUGGAGGGCGACCCCACCAACUGCUGGUGCCCCAGGGGAUACAUCAUGUGCAGCGAGGAGGACGUGCGCGACGUGCAGUCCAAGCUGCACCAAAUUAAGGACUUGAAGAGGCGAAACGAAGUCACCCCCUCGUGGAUGAAGCGCCUCUGCGAUAACUCAGAAGCAGUCGGGUUCAAAGGCAUGUCAGUUGUGAUCGACUACGAAUUGGCAGUUCUAUGUGACGAUGGAAAAGACAAAGGAAACGCGGACUUUAAAAUAAUUGGAGCAUCCGGGUUCGUCUCAAACGAAGAGGUCAUUCAGCAGACGGAGAGGGACACCACAUACGUUCCUCGCAAAUGCACCGUUAAUAAUUUUUACCUUUGUAGAAAGGUGGACGACGAUAAUGUGGGCUGCCAGUACAGCCCCUGGUCUCCCUGGGGUCCCUGCGUGAAUGGCAGACAGAGAAGGACCAGGAAGGUGAUGCGCUCGAAUCAGAACAACGAGGAGUUGUGCCUGUGGAAUGGCAAGCGCAUCCCGAGGAGCAUAAUGGAGCAGACGCGCCCUUGCGGGGGUCCUUCCGGCGCGCCCGCAAGGGGGGAGCGCGACAAGGGGGGGCGGUCAAUCGGAGCAGCCUAA